GCACGACGCCAGCUCCCUUUUGGGGGCGGGGGCCCGGGGGCUGCCAUGGCCCCCAGCCACCUGUCGGUGCGGGAGAUGAGGGACGAUGAGAAGCCCUUGGUGUUGGAGAUGCUGAAGGCUGGCGUGAAGGACACGGAAAACCGCGUGGCCCUGCAUGCUCUGACGCGGCCGCCGGCCCUGCUCCUCCUGGCGGCGGCCAGCAGCGGCCUGCGCUUCGUGCUGGCCUCCUUUGCCCUGGCCCUCUUACUGCCAGUGUUCCUGGCUGUGGCGGCAGUGAAACUGGGCCUGCGGGCCCGGGGGGGCUCACUGCCUCCGCCGGGCGGCCUGGGGGGCCCCUGGGUGGCUGUGCGGGGCUCUGGUGACGUUUGCGGGGUCCUGGCCCUGGCUCCUGGCAUGAACGCGGGGGACGGGGCCCGGGUCACUCGCCUCUCUGUGUCCCGCUGGCACCGUCGCCGGGGCGUGGGCAGGAGGCUGCUGGCCUUUGCUGAGUCCCGGGCUCGAGCCUGGGCCGGGGGCAUGGGAGAGCCCCGGGCCCGGCUGGUGGUCCCCGUGGCCGUCGCCGCCUGGGGGGUGGCAGGGAUGCUGGAGGGAUGCGGCUACCAGGCCGAGGGCGGCUGGGGCUGCAUGGGCUACAUGCUGGUGCGGGAGUUCAGCAAGGACCUGUGAGGCCUGGGACGGGUGGGUGAGAAGCCAGCCCCUGCUGCCCACUGUGGGCCAGUCACUACAGCCCCCACUCCUGUGAGUCCCCAGUGCCGGCCCACACCUGCCGCCUGCAGAGGGCAGGAGCCGAGCUUGCUGCUGAGGUCCUUGCAGUGUGGGGUCUGGCAUUGACCUCAGAGCGGCGAACCCACCCCAGCCCUCUGGCCCCCUGAGGUCAGCCCGCCGCCCCCUGCCUCCAACUCUGCACCGGGCCCCCUCCCGCCUGCACCGCCUGCGCCCUGUGCUGCAGGCCCGGCCAGGAUGGAGGUCGCGGAGGCCCAGCCACCUGGCAAGAUCUGGGCGCUGGGACUUGCCAGCCUCCCUCCCCUCUCGGGGUGGACUCUUGUCCCUGGAACGGCUGAGGUGGGCGGGGGCGGGGCUGCCCGGGCCCUCAGGGACGCUCAGCCGAGGGGCACCCGGCCCGCCCACAGCCGUCCGGUUUUUCUACAGUUUGCUAAUAAAGCCUGAAACUGCCGAG